AUGUGGGGGGAAACAAUUCUCUCUGCAAAUUACAUUCCGAAUCAAAUACCCCGGAAGAAUGUGGACAAGACGCCAUAUGAGUUAUGGAAAGGUGUUAAGCUGGGAUUCGAUCUGGAACUCUGCAAUUCCAUGAAGGAACGCAUCAUCAGUUCUCUUUCUGGUUUGAUUAUCGAAUAUGGGGAGAGUCUUGGGUUUCAAGUCAUCGUGCAUUUAAGGAUCACCACCACGCUCGGGCUGGGUUCUGCACAAUCGAUAGAUUUGAUGAUGAAUCUAUUAGCCGCAAAUGAGGCGAUUAUCGUGAAUGAUGAUGGUAGUGUUGGAACUGUAGAGACGAUGAGGACGAGGACGAGAACGGGGAGGGGUGUUUCAAAGGCCGUCAUUGAUGGGUUGAAGAAAGUGACGGUGUUCAAUGGUGAAGGAGAUGAUGAAAAGUGCAUUACUUGCGUUGUUUGUUUAGAGGAAUUUGGGAAGGGAACCGAGCUUACUUCCAUGCCAUGUUCUCAUCUUUUUCAUCAUCGCUGCAUUGUGCCCUGGCUGGAAUCACAUAAUUCUUGUCCCAUAUGUCGAUCUAUAGUUCCAGAUUGA